AUGGAGUCUGCAAUUCGAUGGUCCCCGAGCUCAACCGCAGCGGAGCAGCGGUUCCUCUCUGUCGAUGUGACAGGCAAAUCGUUUCGUCUCUGCAGAGUCACGGGGUUCGAUAGCAAGAAAGUCCGUCAUGAAGUCGUCUCGACCUUGACCAAUACACCUUCUUUCCGCGCCUUCGAUUGGUCCACCUCCAACGAGAACCUCAUUGCCGUCGGCCAGUCGUCUGGCGAAGCUACGAUCCUACGAUUAGACGCCGACCCCAAAGAAUCGCUAUCAUUUCCAGUUCGAAACCAGCGCUACUGUAAUGCAGUCGCUUUCAGUACACAUGGAUUGGUGGCUUCUGGUCUUGAUCGCGUGCGCAACGAUUUCUGCUUGAACAUCUGGGAUGUGAAUCAGCGGCUGGGUCCUUCGGGGGGCAGUAGAGGGUUUCCUGAACCGCUGAGAAAGCUGGCCAGCUCAGAGCCCAUUACGAGUAUCAAGUUCUUUCGAGAUCAGCCGGAUACAUUGGUAACGGGAGUAAAAGGCCAAUUCGUCCGGAUCUAUGAUCUCAGAGAGGGACCGGGCAAUCCUUCUAUACAGUUCCCAACCCGUUGUGUUCACAAUUUGGCAAUUGACUGGCUGGAUGAGAAUUAUAUCGCAUCGUGCACAACUUCAAAUGAAAGUACGAUCAGCGUGUGGGACCGACGUGUAGGCACCAGGCUGGCUUCUCCAACAGUGGGAUCAUCGACGAGCAGCCCCGACUCGAAUCAGACAGUAGCGUCGCUCCAGUUCAAGAGCGUGUUCAACCCCAAGGCAUCCAUUUGGAGCUUACGAUUUUCCAAGACGAAUCGCGGCUGUUUGGGCGCACUAUCCAACACUGGGCACUUCAAAACCUUCGACAUCGCAAAGGAUCAUUUGUCUGAGGAAUUCCGUUCUUCAAUUGACGAAACCCUAGGACAGGGCUCUUUUAAGAACUACCCCGAGCCAGUCUACACAAAACACGUGCGGGACGUCUGUAUGCCGUUCGACCAUCCGACUAGAGGCACAAAAGAGAAAGAACGAAUGGUUUCAUUUGAUUUCUUGAAUUUCAGAUUCUCCUCACAGGCCAGUGCAAUUGCAUUGGACGGCAAAGGAAACCCCCAAAUCGUCACCAGUCGGCCACCUUGCCCGCCAAUUGCGGUAUCCUCUCAGAGUGUCUUGGCUUGUGGUGCUCCGGCUGGCGAUGGUGCGGAUUUCCGAACUAUCCAUCCUCUUUCCGAACACAUAUCACCUGUAUCUGAGCUUGUCAACAGCAUUCGAGCUCCUCGGGGGGGUUCCUCUGAUCCCAGAGUUCUGGGCACCGAACCCGUCGCUAGCCGAGAAAAUCGGGAGCGGGUAUUGUCUCUCGGUACACAAGGCACUCUCCUCACUGCGAAGGAGGCUUUGACUUUGUCCUCACUCAACCAGUAUCGUGCUAAAGAGGGCUACCUUUUUGACGAAGGGCGGAACCAGAAUAUUUGGGCAGAUGACUCUGCUCUGCGAGACUUAUGGGCCUGGGUGAAACGGGCUCGGGUCGAUUCUUCAGGAACAGCAAUGGUGAUCGAAGGAGUCGACAUGAAUUAUAUAGGCGUCAGCAGUAUCUGGGCCAAUGAACUGGGUGAUGACUUUGAGCGCCGGCGAAUUUCGGCCUCUAAUGAUCCAAAGGAGAUUAUCAAACAGCUAGUCGAUCAACUCAAUCUUCCAGAGAUCAAGGGCUGUGAAACAGCAUUCCCAGAGCACCGCCGUCUCUCACUCCGUCUCUGUGGAGCGGCGCAGUCAUACAAAGAACUUGAGGAAACAGUCAAAACUCUCUCUGCGGAGAGUCAGCAUACCAAAGCCGCCGCACUGGCUAUUUUCCAGGAUGAGCCCAAGCUGGCAUAUCUUGGGCUACGUAGCAAUCAACCUACACAAGCUCAUAAGCUAUUAGCCAUGGCUAUCGCUGGUGCUGCCGGUGCGACAAAAGGUGACAGCAGCAGGGAUUGGGAAGAGACAUGCGCAGAGAUUUCCACGGAGCUCACUGAUCCAUAUUCACGCGCGAUCCUCGCACUCGUGAGUAAGGGUGACUGGCACGCAGUAAUUAAAGAGACAACGCUGCCCUUGAAGUAUCGGAUCGAAGUCGCACUUCGCUGGCUGCCCGAUGAUGAGUUGACUAUCUAUUUAAAAGAUGCCACCGCAGAAGCCGUCAAAGAGGGCGAUGUUGAAGGAAUCGUGCUCACUGGGUUAGGCCAUAUGGCUAUUGAUUUGUUCCAAUCAUACAUUGACAAGUUCAGCGAUGUCCAAACACCAGUUCUAGCCAUGAGCUAUACCGUCCCCAGAAUCAUCAGCAACGAAACAUACAUUGCCAGAUUCGAAGCCUGGCGCGAGACUUAUCGGCGAUCACUGAAUUCCUGGAAACUCCAACUCGAACGUGCCCGCUUCGAUGUGAACUCUCGUCGCUUCGCAGUAACCGUCGAUGGACGCAAACUCGUUCCUCCACCGCCACAGCAGGUCAGCUUGACCUGUAAUUAUUGCACGCAACCGCUCACUCAAAACGACGCCUCAUCCCAAAUAUCUCCAUCAGCUACAGGGGAAACUGUGCAUUCCACCAUUGGCAACCCUCUUGGACCUAGCGCCCUGGCCGGAACAGUCUGUCCUCGUUGCGGUCGGCAUAUGCCUCGUUGCGGCGUUUGCAAUCUCUGGCUGGGGUCACCAGAUCCGAUGUCCCGCUCUGGUAUUGCCGCUGAUGCCGAAACUGACGCUCGCAAACCCACCCAGGCCGAUAUAAUGCGGCGGUUCGUUGUAUUUUGCAUCAAUUGUAAUCAUGGAUUUCACGCACACCACGCGCACGACUGGUUUGUGCGACAUCGAGUAUGCCCUGUUGCGGAGUGCAACUGCAUUUGUGAUCGUUGA